AAUCAAGAGGGAUCAAGAUACCCGUUUGUCCACUGAUGAGAUCCAUUGAGUUCAAUUGGCAUUUGCAGGUGCCAUCUUCAAGCACCUUGGCAAGCGAGUCACCUUCGAGCAGCAUGGCCGGUGAAAUGCCAAAUAGCCAGUCCAGGGUCAAGAUUGCAAUGAAGAUACCACAGCAGCUUGGUGGGCUUCGAGCAGUGGCUGGUGAAGAAAAGGAGGGCGCUCCAGCAAUCACUCUUGUACUUCAGGUCAGCUCCAAGAAGCGCAACAUGGGGAAAGAACAGGCCUCAUUCCACCUUGCUGCUCAUCAUUCAGCGCAAUUUCGGCGUCUCUGGCAUCAGGUGGAGUGCGAAGCCCUUAGCCUGCAGGCGCUUGGUUUUGCAGAAGCUGAGUGUCACAAAAAGGCCAUGGCCAACGUACACGCUCGGGCUAUGGAAGGCUAUUUGGUUUGGCUCCAGAAUCGCCGAGAGCCGCAGAGGGACCGACAGGGUCGUGAGAAGCUGUCGUUUUUGCUUGGACAGGUGCGAAGUGGCGCGCUGGGUUCAUUCUGUAUGGUUCAAGUCCAGAGGAAGAUAAGAAACUUACUUAACUUACUGUGA